GAAAGUUCUGCUGCAUAAUGCAUUGCAACUUUUUACUAUAGAAUGUUUUCGUUUUUAAAUUAGGUAAAAAUAAUAAUAUUAUUGAAAAAAAUCAUUGUUAAAUAUCUUUUAUUAUUGAAAUAUGGAAAAACAAUCGGAACAAAAUAAUCCUUGGUCUAAUUUAAUGACCAUAAGUAGAUUUGAUCGAGGUAAUAAUAAUAAGACGACUAUUAGAUUGGAUAACAGAACAGAAACACAAGGCAAUAGUAAAUUAGUUCCGUCUGCAACACGACGAGUUUUAAUCGAAUCUUUGAUUAAACAAAUGUGUACCAUGUGGGAAGGCGAUACCGUUAAGAGGGAUAAAUUAUAUUUCAUGAUAUGCAAUAGGCUUCAUGAAACAGGAAUGAUAGAUACUUCUUAUAAUUCCAUGGAAGUGGAAAAUAUACGUAGCCAAUAUGAACAUGCUCUAUAUAAAUUAGUUAUGGUCGCACGUGCUGCUACUGGCUGUGAAACUCCUUUAAAUGUUCCUAAUUGUCUGAUGGCUGAAUGGUCACGAUAUCGUAGAGAAUUUAAGGAAAAAGAAUUUAUCGCAGCUGGUGGAUUCAGUAAUGUAUUCAAAGCAUUACAUCUUUUGGAUGGUAUUGAAUAUGCUGUGAAAAAAAUAGUAGUAAGAUCUGGUCAAGUGAGUACCAUAAAACAACACCUUGAAGAAGUAAAAGUCCUCGCUAAAUUAAAUCAUCCUAACAUAGUUGCUUAUAAGACUGCUUGGAUAGAGCCAACGUUAGUAGCAACAAUUGUUCCAAGUUUGCCUAAUAUUGAGGGCGAAGGAAACAAAAACCAGAUUUUCAAACAUCAAACUAAGAGAUUAUGUGAAAUAAAUUAUUUUAAUAAUAAUAAUCAAUCGAUUUCUGAUAGUAAUAACAGUAAUGAAAACAAUGGAAAUGACACAUCAUUAAAGUCUGACAAAACUGGACAAAAAAUAAUCGAACUAAGUACUGAGGAUAGUUCAGAUAUUGUAUCGUUUAGAAACGAUAGUGAAGAUAGAAAAAGUAAUACUGAUCAUUCGAAAAGUAACGUCAAUAGUACUGAUAUUACUGACUCCACUGAUGCUUCUAGUAAUAGCAAUAGUAAUAAGAAAAUCUCACGAUAUGAUUCACAACGAAUGGAUCAUUGUUUUGCGACUUUAUAUAUUCAAAUGGCACUUUGCGAGAAGACGUUACACCAAUGGUUAAAGGAAAAAGAUGAUCCUUCUUCACAAAUGACAAUUACUACAAUAUUUACGCAAAUUCUUCAAGGAGUAAAUCAUAUACAUUCUAUUGGCAUGGUACAUCACGAUAUAAAGCCAAGCAACAUAUUCAUAACGGCACAUUUCCAAAUUCAAUUAGGAGAUUUUGGUUUGGCUUGCCCAUUGCAAAGAAAAAAUCAUGAUACUAUCAUUGGUACGCGUUUAUAUGCAGCACCCGAACAAUUGAAAGGAGAAUGCAAUCCAAAGAGUGACAUAUAUAGCUUAGGAAUAGUUUUAUUGGAAUUACUGAUUCAUGCAAAAACACAGAUGGAACUUUGUCAUACUAUUGAAGAAUUUAAAAAAGGCCGAGUACCGACGUCACUCACUACAAAUUAUCCACAAUGGACUCAAAUAAUCUGUCAACUAAUUCAAGAAGAUCCUAAUAAAAGGCCAUCGACGGAUAAAUUAUUACUGAAUCUAAGAGAGGAUAAAGAUACAGUAAUAGCACAAUUAAAAGAUGAUAUUGUUGAAAAAAAUAUGACGAUAAAAAAACUGGAAGAACAUAUCGCCGAGCUGCAAGCUUAUAUUACAAAACUUGAGACUCCAUAAAAAUUGUUUAAUUAUAUAA